AUGGGAUCCUACAUCGACCGCUCCAAGACGACGCGGUCCAAGGACUACCGCGGGUCCGGGUCGUUUGCGACCUUUAUGAUCAUCGGCCCGACCUGCUUCUUCCUCGGCAUCCUCUUCGCCUCGUUCCCUUACGACUUCCCGCUGCUGUGGACCAAGGAGCCCGUCAGCGACAACUACUAUGACCAGCUCGAGGCGCACCUCAAGUUCCUGCACCAGUCGCCGCCGCUCAUAGGGCGCAUGCUCAACAUUGUCGUCAGCGUCGGCUUCCUCGGACUCUUCACCAAGCUCUUCCGCCCGAGCGAGGCAAACUUCUUGUUCGACGGCGCGUCGCUCAUCCUCUACACGAUUGGCGUGGCCGUGUACGUGUCCAACAUUGUCAAGGGCCUGCGCGCCAUCAGCUCGGGGCUUUGGGAAGGCGACGAGUUCCAGUCGAACCGCGAGGGCCGCUUCGAGGGCGAGUUCAUCCUCGGCCGCGAGGACAGCCUCAAGGUGCUGGCCGCCAGCAAUACCAUCCUGGCGCUGGUCCUCAUCGGUGUCCUCGUCCUCCAGGCCGGGCAGUGGUACGCCGAGAAGAGGGAUCCGGACGACGAGGCUGCUGAUGCCAACAAGGCCGAUCAACAACCCGCGAGCAGCAGCAGCUGCGGCAGCAAAGCGGCCACCAAGAAGAAGCAGUAA